CACAAAGAACCAACUCAUUGUUAAUGGACAAUAGGAGUGUUUGAGUUCCAGCAGCAGAAAGAGAUGAGAAACACGAAUGGGUUUGGAGUGAGAACAACGCUGGGACCCAGGCAAUAGCAGGAACUCUAGGAUUCAGUGGAAGAUGCAAUGCCUGGAUCUCAGCUGCUGAGUUGGCUUUGGAUUGUUGAAACGGCUGUGGGCUUCAUCUAUUUUUCAGCUUUGCUGGAGGCAGCGCCUGAGUUUUCAGGUUACUUACAGAAGGUUUUGAAGAACCAGACUGCCCACGCUUGCGAUGGGAAGCAGCUGACCAUCAUAUGUCCCCAUAGGACCUCCAUUGUGGUCCUCUCUGCUUUCUAUGGGCGCCGGGUGCCCAGUCAAAACCUUUGCCCCACCUCAGGGGACGUCUCUUUGGAAAGCACCGAGUGUGCGUCUGCCACAGCCCGGCAGAAAAUGAUGGACGAGUGUCAAGACCAGCGAUGGUGCCAUUUCUCGGUCCACAGCCGAGUGUUCGGACCCGACCCUUGUCCAGGAACCCACAAAUACUUGGUGGUUUCAUACAAGUGCCGACCAGCCAACCACCGUUUGAAGACAGUGUGUGAAGAUGAGAAGCUGAGGCUGCAGUGCCGAAACAAAUCUGUCCUAGCCAUUUACUCUGCCGUCUAUGGGAGACCUUUGCAAGGGAAGCUGGAAUGUUAUUCUGUGAAUGAGACAGGAGCGGACAUAGAGUGUGUGGCCCCGGAUGCCUUAAGGAGAGUCUCCCGGAGAUGCCACAGGAAGCAGAACUGUACCAUCCUUGCAAAUAAGUCCACCUUUGGUGACCCCUGCUUUCCUGGUGUGAAGAAGCAGCUGAGAGUCUCCUACACAUGUGUGCCAAGGAAGUUGCUUGAAGAAGUGGGACAUGACUCCCGGGAAGACCCUUUUGCCAUCUCGGAUUACACACAUGGUGGCUGGUACACCGGGCCAAGGCUGCACAAGCUCCAGGAAAAUCUGAUGAUAUUUACUAAUUCUCUGGAAACUUUUGCUCAUAUGUGGGGAGUUCCAGAGAAAGUUGGCUUUUAUUUCCUGUGUGGGGUCUCUGGGGGGCUGGUGCUCCUCCUCCUCCUCUUUGUGCCCAAAGUGGCCUUGCUGCGGGAUUUCAAGGAGGUCUUCAAGGCCACAAAGCCAAGCGACAACCUGGAGAUGGAGCGAAACAAGUUGCGGGACGAGCCGGAGGAAGAGACUCGUGACGACAGCUCGUCCAACUCUUCCUUCCGCCACCUCACCAACCUCUACCAUAACUCCAACAACAUCUUUGGGCCGGAGCUGACUGCGGCCCUGGAAGGAGCAGUGGAGCAAAGAGGCCACGAGGGAGAGGAGAUAUGGAUACCCAAGGAGUCCAGCCCAUACGCCAUCCACAAAAUUAAGUCUGCCACCAAAUGAGGAUGCAUGACGGGAUGCCAAGGUUGGUCUGUCUUUGGAAAAGAGAUAUGGACCUGGUGUGGUUCUGUUACCAUUCCAUCUGCAAAAUCUCCAAGUCCUCCAAGAGCACGGUUGGGAAUUAUAUGGCUCUCCAGAUACUGAUGGAUGGCACCUUUCUGUAGUUCUGGCCAAUGGUGAGGAAUGCUGGAAGUCAGAGCUCAACUACAUUUGGAUGGUUGUUAAAGUCUCGGCCAUUUGGUAAAACAUUUUUUAAAAUGUAUAUGGAUUAAGUGAC